AUGGCCUCAAAUGAGAGAGAUGCUAUAUCGUGGUACCAAAAGAAGAUUGGAGCAUAUGAUCAGCAGAUAUGGGAAAAGUCAAUUGAACAGACACAGAUUAAGGGCUUCAAAAACAAACCAAAAAAGAUGGGUCACAUAAAGGCAGACUUGAUUGAUGUUGACUUAAUCAGAGGCUCAACAUUUGCCAAAGCCAAACCUGAAAUUCCAUGGACAUCUCUGACUCGGAAGGGGCUUGUUCGAGUUGUGUUUUUUCCACUUUUCAGCAAUUGGUGGAUUCAAGUUACCUCUUUAAGAAUCUUUGUUUGGCUGCUACUGCUUUACCUCAUGCAAGUGAUAGCACUCGUGUUAUAUUUUAUGAUGCCUAUCGUGAAUGUAAGUGAAGUCCUCGGACCCUUGUGCCUUAUGUUACUCAUGGGAACUGUCCACUGUCAAAUUGUGUCUACUCAGAUAACAAGGCCAUCAGGGAACAAUGGAAAUCGGAGAAGAAGAAAAUUACGAAAAACUGUGAAUGGUGAUGGGAGCCGAGAAAAUGGAAAUAACUCCUCUGAUAAAGCCAGAGGAGUGGAAACUUUGGAAUCUGCACCCCUUAAUGGUGGUUUUUGGAGGACUCUCUUUGGCAACAGGAUGAAAAGAGUUAAAUUAAUAUGUAACAGAGGGACGGAAACUGACUAUGAUUCAGGUUGUCUGCAUCCUAUCAUCAAGAAGAGACAGUGUCGACCAGAGAUCAGAACGUGGCAAACAAGAGAGAAAGCGAAAUUUUCCGAUGGAGAAAAGGGCCGUAGGGAGUCUUUUAGGCGUUUGGGUAAUGGGAUUUCAGAUGAUCUGUCAAGUGACGAUGACGGUGAAGCCCAGACACAGAUGAUGAUACUGCGGAGGAGUGUGGAAGGGGCCUCAAGUGACAACGGUUGUGAAAUUAAGAGUAGAAGAUCAAUACUUUCAAGACACCUAAACACUCAGGUAAAAAAGACCACUUCCAAGUGGUGCCCUGUUGUGCGGGAUUCAGAUAGCCUGGCUGAAUCAGAGUUUGAAUCAGCAGCCUUCAGUCAGGGCUCUAGGUCUGGCAUGAGUGGUGGCUCUCGAAGCCUCAACAUGUUGAGAAGAGACUCGGAGAGCACCCGCCACGACUCGGAGACAGAGGACAUGUUAUGGGAUGACCUGCUGCAUGGCCCCGAGUGCCGGUCAUCUGUCACCAGCGACAGUGAGGGGGCACAUGUGAGCUCCCUUCACUCAGGGACCAAACGGGACCCCAAAGAGGAUGUUUUCCAGCAGAACCAUUUAUUCUGGCUUCAGAACUCAAGUCCUGCCUCUGAUCGAGUUAGUGCGAUAAUCUGGGAAGGGAAUGAGUGCAAAAAGAUGGAUAUGUCUGUGUUGGAAAUAAGUGGCAUCAUCAUGAGCAGGGUUAAUGCAUAUCAGCAAGGAGUAGGUUAUCAGAUGCUGGGAAAUGUCGUCACCAUUGGAUUAGCGUUUUUCCCUUUUUUACACCGACUCUUCCGUGAGAAGAACCUUGACCAGCUAAAAUCCAUCUCAGCUGAGGAGAUCUUGACUCUCUUUUGUGGGGCACCACCUGUUUCACCUAUUAUUAUUUUGUCUAUAAUUAACUUUUUUGAGCGACUGUGUCUUACCUGGAUGUUUUUUUUCAUGAUGUGUGUGGCAGAGAGAACAUAUAAGCAGAGAUUUUUAUUUGCAAAACUCUUCAGCCAUAUUACUUCUGCCAGGAAAGCUAGGAAAUAUGAAAUACCUCAUUUCAGACUUAAAAAGGUGGAGAACAUUAAGAUCUGGUUAUCACUGCGUUCCUUUCUAAAGAGACGGGGCCCACAGCGAUCAGUGGAUGUGGUUGUGUCUUCUGUCUUCCUACUGACACUUUCCAUUGCUUUCAUUUGUUGUGCCCAGGUACUCCGUGGACAUAAAACUUUCCUAAAUGAUGCUUAUAAUUGGGAGUUUUUGAUCUGGGAAUCAGCUUUACUACUUUUCUUACUGCGCUUAGCCUCAUUGGGGUCUGAAACCAAUAAGAAAUACAGCAAUGUCUCAAUAUUACUUACUGAACAGAUUAAUUUAUAUCUUAAAAUGGAAAAAAAGCCGAAUAAGAAAGAACAGCUUACCCUAGUAAACAAUGUGUUAAAGCUAUCCACCAAGUUGUUAAAAGAGCUGGACACCCCAUUUAGACUCUACGGACUGACAAUGAACCCCUUAAUCUACAAUAUCACACGAGUGGUUAUCCUUUCCGCAGUCUCAGGUGUUAUAAGUGAUCUUCUAGGAUUUAAUAUAAGACUGUGGAAAAUUAAGUCAUAAGCUGAGUCAUGUGCCUGGACUCUCUCCCCUUGCUGGCAUCAGUGCUUACCCCAUUAAGGAAAGAGAUGACUGCAAAACCAUGAGACACCCACCUGCUUGUUCAUACGCAGAGGUGCCCUCAGCUCUCCUAAUCUAAUGAAUCGUGUUUUCAGAGGAACAGAUCCUUUUCCAACUGGGCGUGCAUGCUAAAAACCUGUAUUUUCAUGGUUUUCAAAUAGUAUGAAUAGUCAGGAGACUGAAGACUGUUGUGUUAUAGUAACUUAAGGGACAACUUUUUAAGUUAGGACAUUUAUUCUGGGCAUUUCAAUGCUGUGACAGUUAUAUCUACUGGAAAUAGUCUUUUGGGUAACUAUGGUAGAUGCCCAAAGCA